AUGGUUGGCGUCUUCCCGCUUUUCAAGCUGGGUAUCCUGGCUGCCAAACAAAUCAGUCGCCCCAUCGUAAACAACCUAAAGCGCCGAGCAAAGAGCAAUGCCUUCUUCCACCGUUAUAUUUGCACUCCCCCAGGACAGCUCUACCACCUUUGGGAUACUCGAAUAAGGUUGAAGCUUCUCGGACUGGAAACGCCCAAAACGGUGAAGAAGCUAUCAGAUGAUGCGGCGGCUGACAUUGGCGCUGAAAUUCUCGGGGAGUUUGUAAUGUUUACGAUCGGAACGGGUCUGCUUGUUCUGGAAUACCGUCGACAAUCAAGGAAUGAAGCCGAGAAAGAACAGCGAUUACAGGAUCGGCUAUCCGGCCUUCGGUCUUCCAUUGAUGAGUUAGAGAGGCAGUUGCAGUUCCAUGAAGAAAAACUGGUUGAACUAAAUAGACACUUGCCACACCGAUGA